AUGUCGGGUGUAAAUGCGAUUGUGAGUUUUUUUUUUGGCUGAAAAUAUGAAUUUCAGGUCAAAAAACCUGAAAAUUCCUGUUUUUUGGGUCAAAAUUCAUCAAAAUUGAUGAAUUUUCACCCAAAAUCAAGCUGAAAUCAAUUUCAGGCCGAUGUUUAUCGCGCAGUCAUCGCUGACGUCAUAAAUCAGAUGAAAGAGUCGUUUUUGGAUGAGAAUAUUGAUGCGGAUAUUUUGUCACAACUCAAGAAGGUGAGCUGGGGUUUUGGGGUGGAAAAUGAGCUGGAAUCCGUUAAUUUUGAGGAUUUUCGACUGAAAAAUUAGGUUUUUAACUUGAAAAUGACCCAGAAAUCGAUUAUUUUCAUAAUUUUCAGUCAAAAAUUGCCAGAAAUUCGAGAUUUUUGAUUGAAAAUUGACCUAAAACAACCUGAAGUUCAAAAUUUUCACUGAAAAAUUACCAAAAAAAUUCACUGUUUCAAGGAUUUUUGAUAAUUUUUUGCAAUUUUUGAAAAAUUGAUCGUGAUAAGGUAAAAGCUUUUCCGAAAAUCCUGAAAAUUGUGUAUUUGCCAAGUGGAAUUUUUCUAGUUUAAAUCAGGUUUUUCGACUGAAAAUUUCGGAUUUUCAAUGAAAAAUUGAACCAGAAAAAUAUAGGUUUCAAGGAUUUUUGAUAAUUUUUUGCAAUUUUAGAACAAUUGAUCGUUGUACGCUAAACACUUUUCUGAAAAUCCUGAUAAUUGUGUAUUUGCCAAGUGGAAUUUUUUCUAAUUGAAAUCAGGGUUUCUUGGCUGAAAAUUUCAGAUUUUUCAUUAAAAAAUUCAAAAUUUUUGACUAAAAAAUUACCCAAAAAAUUCACUGUUUCAAAGAUUUUUGAUAAUUUUUUGCAAUUUUAGAAAAAUUGCUCUCCACAUCGCAAAAGUUUGUUUGAAAAUCCUGAAAAUUGUGUAUUUGCCACGUGGAAUUUUUCUAGUUUAAAUAAGGUUUUUUGGCUGAAAAUUUCGGAUUUUCAAUGAAAAAUGAACCAGAAAAAUAUAGGUUUCAAAAUUUUUAAAUAAUUUUUUUCGAUUUUUGGGAAUUUUGAUGGUGAAGGUGCUGUUAUAGGGUUAGAAUUCAUUAAAAAAUCCUGAAAAAUAUGCCACGUGGAAUUUUUGAAAUCUGAAAUUUCUCGGCUGAAAAUUUCAGAUUUCUCUUCAAAAAUUCGAAUUUUUCACUUAAAAAUUACUUGAAAAAAUUGACUGUUUCAAAGAUUUUUGAUAAUUUUUUCGAUUUUUGGGGAAUUUUGUUCUGUAUUUUUCGUGCGCCACGUGAAGUUAUCAAGAAAUCUGGGUUUUUGGCUGAAAAUUCCAGAUUAUUCGUGAAAAAUUCGAAAUUUUUCACUAAAAACUUACCCAAAAAGUUCACUGUUUCAAAAAAUUCCGAUAACUUUUUGCGAUUGAUCUCGGAAUUGCUACAUUCCUAUAAAGUUUCCUAAAAAUCCUAAAAAUAUGCCACGUUGCAUUUUUUAAAAUUUGAAAAUUCUUGGCUGAAAAUUAUAGAUGUUUUAUCGAAAAAUUCGGAAUUUUGACUGAAAAGUUACCCAAAAAAUUCACUAUUUCAAAGAUUUUUGAUAAUUUUUUCGAUUUUUGGGAAAUUUUGUUCUUCGAAUUUCUGUGCGAAGAUUUCAAGAAAUCUGGAUUUUUAUCUGAAAAUUUCAGAUUUCUGUUGAAAAAUUCGAAAUGUUCACAAAAAAUUACCCAAAAAUUUACUGUUUCAAGAAUUUUUGAAAAAUUGAUCGUCAUAAUGUGGAAACUUUUCUGAAAAUCCUGAAAAUUGUGUAUUUGCCAUGUGGAAUUUUUUUCUAGUUUAAAUAAGGUUUUUCGACUGAAAAUUUCAGAUUUUCACUGAAAAACUGAACCAGAAAAAUAUAGGUUUCAAGGAUUUUUGAUAAUUUCUAAGGUCUUCGAGAAAUAUUGGUCUUAGGUUAUCAAUAUGUUGAUUAGAAUUCAUAAAAAUCCUGAAAACUAUGCCACGUGGAAUUUUUGAAAUCUGAAAUUUCUUGGCUGAAAAUUAUAGAUUCUUCAUAAAAAUUCGAAAUUUUCACUGAAAAAAGAACCAGGAAAAUAUAGGUUUCAGGAAUUUUUGAUAUUUUUUUGCAAAUUUGGAAGAAUUGAUGUUAUGUCCUAUAAAAUUUUCAAGAAAUCUGGAUUUUUGGCUGAAAAUUUCAGUUUUUGAUGAAAACUCGAAAUUUUCACUUAAAAAUUACUUGAAAAAAUCGACUGUUUCAAGGAUUUUUGGUAUUUUUCAAAAUUUUUCUGAAUUCAUUAACAAUUGUCAAAUUUUUUCAAAAAUCCAAUUUUCUUCUAGGAAUGGGAAGAUAAAGUGAUGUCAUCGGGAUGUGUUGAUCUAAAUCCACCAAAUCACAUGAUUCCCCAACAACAAGUUCAAAUUCAACAACAACGACAACAACAAAACAUUGCACCGCCACCAAUUCGACCAAGUCCACAAAUGAUUCAACAACAGCAGCAAAGGUACGGUUUUGGGGACCUUUUUUCCAGCCAGGACCAUUGAAUUUCCUGGUAGAUUUUGAGCCGCUGAUCAUUUUCCAGUUUUCAAAAGUUUCCUAGCUCAAUUUUGAGCUGAGUUAUGACGUGGCAGAGGUAUACCGCAAGAUUCCGCGUAGCUUCCGCAUGGCCGCUGAAGCGGAAGCCGCGCGGAAGCUUCCGGUUACAUCUAAAUUGAAGUUUAGCUCUAGAAAUUUCAGAUUUCCGGUUUCAGAAUCUCUAGAAAUCGAAAAGUUCUAGAAAUUCUGAAAGUUCCAGGAAAUCUGAAAUUUCAGAGCUAAGGAGAUGCGGAAGCUAUGCCCAAAUUUUGAAUUUUAGCUCAAAAUCUUGUGAAAAAUCUGAAUUUCCAGCUGAAAUUUCGAUAUUUUCAGUAAAAGUCCCAUUUUUUUGUUGAAAAAAUCUCACUGUUUCAAAAUUUUCAUAAUUUCUGAAGUUAUUUUCAUAAAAUUUGGUCACUCUUGCGAAAAAUAAUUAUUGUAACUUUUGCCACGUCAUAGGUCGUGUGGAAAAUAGUGAAAUUUUUCAGAAUUUUUACUGAAAUUCAAGAUCUCCUGAAAAUUUCAGUCAAAAUUGUCUGAAAAUUGCAUAUUUCCAACUAAAACUUGAAGUUUAGCUCUAGAAAUUUCAGAUUUCCGGUUUCAGAAUCUCUAGAACUCACACUAGUUCUAGAAAUUCUGAAAAGUUCCAGGAAAUCUGAAAUUUCAGAGCUAAGGAGAUGCGGAAGCUAUGCCCAAAUUUUGAAUUUUACCUCAAAACCUUGUUUCAGAAUUCCACCGCAAUCCCAAAAUCCGCCACAAAAUGUCGUGGCCGCCGCCGCUUUGCAACAACAAUUGCGAUUGGCUGCAAUUGGUGCUGGAAAUGCUGUUUCGGCCAAUGAUCAGCAUACGUUGAGGAAUUUGUACACACAACAACCUGGAGUUCAGGUUCAGCAGCAGAAUUUGGGAAAUAUGCAGGUAGGCGGGGUUUUUGAGUUGAAAAUUGGGAAAAAUUAUGAAAUUUUGAGCUGAAAAUUAAGAUUUUUGAAUGAAAAAAUUAAAUUUAAUUAAAAAGUUAUGAAAAAUAAUCAGAAAAAAAUUAUAAAAUUCACUGUUUCAAAAUUUUCUCAUUAAAAAUUGUUAUGGCUACAAUUUUCGAUGUUAGAUUCUUGAUAAGAAUAUUUUGAAACAGUGAAAUUUUUGAUUUCCCAAUUUUUUUUGGUCUAGAAAUGCUGAAAAAUGAUCGAAAAUCUCGAAAUAUUCAAGUUUAUCUUAAUUUUCAGUCAAAACCAAAACCAAAAUAAUUCACUGUUUCAAAAUUUUCUGAUUAAAACUUUAUUUGGCUAAAAACAUUUAUCUUCUUUUUUUUUCACAGAAAAAAAUUCAUAAAUAUUCUUAUAGAACUUCACAAUUGUCUUGAAAAGUUUUAAAAUACAAUUCCACGAUUUUCAGCCAUUUUUCAUUGACUUAGGACCAAAAAAAUACUGAAAGCAUGAAUUACUUUUAAUCUCAAUUUUCAUGGAAAAUUAGGUUGUUUUCUAGUAGUUUUGUAUCGAUUCCAGUAUGAGAAUAACCCUAUUUUCAAUGAUUUUUACAUGAAAAUAUCUAGAAACAGUGAAAAAUUCCUACCACAAAAAAUUCACUGUUUCAAAAUUUUGGUAUUAAAAAUUCUAAUGGCAACAAUUGUUGAUACAAUGAUGUUUAGGCUGGAAAAAGUUUGUAAAAUCUGAAAAUUAUGGUUUUAAUCUUAAAAAAAAUACAUUUUUUUCAUCUCACAUAUUUCGAACAUCAUAUCAAACUUUGCAGCCAAGCUAAUUUUUAAUGAGAAAAUUUUGAAACAGUGAAUUUUUUAGGUUCAAUUUUUCACUGUUUCGAAAUUUGUAUGGUCUAGAAAUGACCGAAAAUCUGAAAUUUGACAUUUUUCCAGUCUGAAAAUGUAGAUAUUAAAAUCUUAGGCGAUUUUUUGGCCCCAAAAGUUUGAAGUUUGAAUUUUUCAAUCAUUUUUUGACAAGUUCUAAAAUGUUGGUUUUUUUUCCGACACUGCUCCCAUAAGUUAUCAAAAUUUGUAGCCGAAAAAUUUUGAAAACAAAAUUUUGAAACAGUGAAUUUUUUUGGUCUGAGAAAAAGCAAGAAUUCACAAAAAAAUAAAUCGAAAAUUGAAAUUUAGCUCUAGAAAUUUCAGAUUUCCGGUUUCAGAAUCUCUAGAACUCACAGUAGUUCUAGAAAUUCUGAAAGUUCCAGGAAAUCUGAAAUUUCAGAGCUAAGAAGAUGCGGAAGCUAUGCCCAAAUUUUGAAUUUUUAGUCAAAAACUUGUGAAAAAUCUGAAUUUUUCCAGCUCCAUCAUCAAACUCAAAUUCGUGCUCAAUUCCCACAACAAACCCAACAACAACAACCACAAUUUCUAUUAAAUUCGCACAAUUUUCAACCGGGACAAGUUAUUAUGGUACAACAACCGAAUGGUGAGUUUUGGCGCCAAAAUUUGGAAAUUUAAAAAAUUUGGAAUUUAUUAUCAUUAAAGUCAUCAAAAUUUCCACCAAAUGAAAAUUUAAUGAGAAAUCUUUGAAACAGUGAAAUUUUGGGAAAAUAUUUUUUCACUGUUUCAAAGUUUUUUAUGAGAAAUUUUCGAAUUUUUGGUUGAUAUAUUUCCGUUUUUGAAAAUAAAUUGAAAAAUAGCAUUUUUUUUGAGCUGAAAAUCUGAAAUUUUCAGUGUUUUUUCAAAUUUCAAAUUUUUUGGGUGUACCUAAUUUUAUCAAAAUUUCUGGCCAACAAUUAUUUAACUUUUCGAAAAUUUGAAACAGUAAACUUUUGAGAAAGUUUUUUCCACCGUUUUCGAACACAAAAAAUAUAUUUUCACGUUAUUCAGAAUCUGAAACAUUUGGAAAUUUUUGAGCUAAAAUUUCAGAAUUUUUUUUUGAAGAAUCCAGACAAAGUAUUAUACACCAUGUAUUCAUCAAAAUUCCCACCAAUUGAAAAUUUAAUGAGAAAAUUUUGAAACAGUGAAAUUUUGGGAAAAUAUUUUUUCACUGUUUCAAACAUUUUUUAUGAGAAUUUUUUUUUAUUUUUGGUUGAUAUAUUUCCGUUUUUAAUUCAAAUCGAAAAAUUGAAAUUUUUGAGCUGAAAAUCUGAAAUUUUCAGUGUUUUUUCAAUUUUUUAUCAAAAUUUCUGGCCAACAAUUUUUUAUUGAGAAACUUUUCAGAAAAAUUUUUCCACCGUUUUCGAACACAAAAAAAUAUAUUUUUACGUUUAUCUGAAUCUGAAACAUUUGGAAAUUUUUUAGCUAAAAUUUCAGAAUGUUUUUUUGAAGAGUCCAAUCAAGAUAUCACCAGAAUUUGCAGUCAGAAUAAUUUUGAUAUGAAAAAUUUGAAUCGUAUUAUUUUCAGGAUUUUUUUCACUGUUUCAAAAAAUUUUUAUGAUAAGAAUUAUGAAUUUAGGAUACUGCGUAGUUAAUAAAAAGUUGUGAAAUUUUUGAAAUUCUGGGAAUUUUGCUGAAAAGCGGGAAAUUUUCCAAUUCAAAAAAAUGCAUUUUUUCACUGUUUCAAAAAUUUUAUUGGAGAAUUUUUGUUGAUUUUUUUCGAUGGUCCGAAGUAAUCAAUUCCAUAAAUAAAUUUGAGAAAUUUAAAAUUUUCAAAAAAAUACCCUGUAUCAAAAUUUCCAGAAGUGAAACAUUUAAUGUGAAAAAUUUGAAACAGUAAAGUUUUGAGAAAAUUUUUUCCACUGUUUCAAAAUUUUUUUUUAUGAGAAAAAUUUUGAAUUUUGGGGUGAUCCCUUGAAAAAAUAACAUUUUUCCUCGAAAAAUCCCAAAUUUUCCCAUUUUCAGGAACCCAAGUUCCAAUGUCGAUCAAUAAUUUGGCAGCCGGCCAACAAAUUCGAAUUCUACCCCAAAAUCCGACAAAUUCUGGAAAUUCCUCGGGAAAUCCACAAUUAUCGCAUAUGAAUCAGUUGGAUGGAAAUUUUGCGGCUGAAAGUUUGACUGAAAAUCCGAGUAGAUCUGAAGAAAUGGUGAAAAAAGUGAAGAAAUUCGGGAAAUUGGCAAAGAAUGGAAGGAAGAUGAAAGUGAGAGGAGAAGGGGCUAGUG